CGUUAUUGUUAUUAGUGUCAUAUUUUUCCGCGAUACGUGCUCCAUGUGUGAUUAACGAUCCCGCCUAUCGCCAAUUGCAUCAUGGAGCCGAUAAAUUUCACCGAGGUUGACGAGUCUCGGUACCGCACUGAGGUUCUUCUUCUACCAUCCGAGGAAUCAGAAACGGCGCAAGAACAAAGAUUGGUGGAGGAUGCACGUCAACUGGGGCUAAAGGUGCCGGAAGUCGAGGUGGUGGCAUCGUUAGCUGCAUCCAUUGCCUCCGGUAUGAUGGACUUGUCCUCCCCCAUCAGAUCCUCCGGCUCCUCGACCGAUCGCAACUCUACCUACGAAGUCGUUCCGUCCAUCGAGACCCCGCCGCAGAUCGAUCAACUCGCCUCGUCCCUCUCCGAUUUUACCGUGGCCUCCGAGCCUGUCCAGGGUGGCAGCACUCGGUCAUUCGCGUCCAUGUCCACUCGGCCGACAUCUUAUAGCUCAUUUGAGGGAAGGCUGGCGCCGGGGAUAGAUAGCCUCGCGGCAAGGCCACCUGGGAACCGUGCAUCAAUGUUUAGCAUGACCUCCGCGGACAAAAGGGAAAGGAGAAAAUCAACGCUCAAGUCGGCAAUCGGGAAGAUCCAUUUUAGGAAGAAGCGAUCGCCAUCUCCGGUCCUUCUUCCGCCGGCCGCGCAGAUCACCGUCGCCAAGGGCGAGAAAGGCGUCGAACGAGUAUAUGUCGAGUCGAGACCGUCGGAAGCACAAAACAGCGAUUCUGCCGAGGAAGAUAAGCAGGUUCUCAGGCUUGAGAUCCCCGUCUUCGACAAUGAAUCGAUGCAGCGAAGCUUGGAUGAUGCACAAUUAUACCAGAUGCGCGAGUCCCAUAUAGCGGAGAUGAAUCGGCACAAUGCUUUUCAGGACGCAUUCAUGGCACAACUGCGACGGCGACAGCAAUCUAUCGUUGCGGACCAGCUUGCGGAGAACAAGCGCGCGGAAGAGAAGAAGCGUGAGAAGAACACCGCCGAUGCCGUUCGCAUGGAGGAACGACAGCUCACAGUGGAAAUGGAGCAAAUGCGAGAAUUCGAACGCGCAAAAGUGAACUCGCGCACGCGCAUCAAGUACAUGGAAGGGUUCUUCAACAACUCGAGCCCGCCGCCAUCGCCCGUAUCCGGUUCGAAAGCAGACGUGGUGCCGAGUCGCAAGUUCACCGCGCAACACAAGGCUCAGUUGGCACAGGAGUAUCAUAACCAUAACACCAUGGACCAACUGCAUCGAGCCAAGAUCAAGGUGUUGCGCGACCGCCAAGAACUUCGACUUCAAGAGGCCAUCGCGCGAAUGGAAAGAGAGCUGGACGAUAUGAUUGACAAGCAUGCCUUGGAGUUUGCCCAGAUGCAGCAAAAGCAUCAGCAGGAAGAAGCGGACAUUUUACAAGCUUUUGACGCCAAAAAGUCGAAAUUACGACAUCGCUGGGCUCUGGAAGAAGCCAUCUUGCGAAAGAAACUGGAAGUGCAACACGGGCAGCCGUACGGCCCGCUGCCCCCUUUGUCGUUCAGCGACUCGCAUUAUGAAACGCGCGACUCGGCCAUUUGCGUGACCGACCAGACAGGAGCUGCCAGCGGUGAUGAGGGACCGGUGCACCAGAAGAGAGGGGGACAGGUGCUUUGAUUAUGAUGUGAUGCCUAAGUGAUACCCUUUCCUUUUUCCCUCGGUCUCAUCAUGCAUAUAUGCGGUUCCUAUAUACUACUACACUAAUGUCUCAUAUACUCACCCUACCCUUAUUACCCUUUUUGUAAUUACUUCUCUUCUUGUCACUCCUUGGCCUUUCUUCAUUACAUUCUUCUGUUGCUGCCUGGUGCUGUU